UUUAAGAGCCAAAAGUUCCAGAAAUUGUUUUCUUCAACCUUGAUUCCUCUGAGAUUUGUGAUAAGACUUGUCUAACAGUGCCAUAUAUUUGUAUCCCUUGUUUAAAUUUUGUUCUACUAUGGCAACUACAGGAGAUAGUGGUGAAUCAGAAAACAAGACCAAUUUGAUAGUCAACUACAUUCCACAAAGCUACACUGAUGCUGAAUUUAAGGCACUGUUUGCAACUAUUGGUCCGACCAAGAGCUGCAAGAUCUGCCGCCACAAAUCAACAGGCUACAGUUAUGGCUUUGGCUUCGUAGAGUAUUUUACACCUGAACAUGCACAGCUGGCAAUCAAUACACUCAAUGGUCAUCGACUAGAUAACAAAACCUUGAAGGUUGCCUUGUCAAGAAAAGGAGGAGAGAAGAUCAAGGGAGCAAAUGUAUAUGUCCGAAAUAUACCAAAAUCAUGGACAAAUGAUGAUCUGAAGGCACUUUUCAACCCUUAUGGUAGCAUAGUCAAUACCAAAAUUCUCAUAGACCAGUUAACCCAGUCCUCCAAAGGUGUUGGGUUUGUCUUAUUUGAUCUAAAGACAGAAGCUGAAGGAGCCAUCAAUGCCUUAAACAACACCAUGCCCCCUGGAGGCACUGAGAUCAUGUUUGUACGUUUUGCAGAUGACAACACAAGUAAAUUAAAGCCCCCACCUACAGCUGCUGCUUCUCAGCGUCCAAGUUUUAACUUGCAUCCACAAGGUGCUAUUGGACCCAUGGCACAAGCCAUGAUGAAUCGUCGUGCCAACCGCUACAACCCCAUGAUGGGAGGACCUCAAAUUCCUCCGCCCAUGGGGUUCAGCCAGAUGUCUUCCCAGGGUGAAGGAUUCACUCUGUUUGUUUAUAAUAUUGGUGCCAGGGCAACAGAGGCUGCAGUUUAUGAACUUUUUUCACCUUAUGGUGAAAUAAAGAAAAUUAACAUUAUGUGGGACUGGGAAAAAUCUCAGUGUAAAGGUUUCUGUUUUGUAACCAUGGCUACUCUGGCACAGGCUCAAGCUGCAAUACUUGCAUUGAAUGGUUAUAUGUAUGAUCAACGUCCUCUACAAGUGAAAAUUAAAACUCCAAAGAUGUAACUUACUAUUUGGCACACAAAGGGACAAAAACAGAACAAAGUUUAUCAGCAGGUUUUUACUAAUAAUCUGGUUAGUGACUCAACUUGUUAGAACUGUCAUUACAAUAAUAAAUACUGUUGAAAAAUUUGUUUUUAAUUUCUUUCAAAUAGAUUGGUUUGUUUUCCAUGAGCCAUUGCUUAGCUAUUCCAAAGUGCAGCAAAAUUUUCCUUGAAUAAAUGCUUAUACUUUUUAGACUGAAUUUCUAUUUAAAGAUAUUAGUUUCUUGCACUUUCAAGCAAAUGGUCAGUGUAAUACCAUAUGUUAUGGUUCAUUUUUAUCUUCACAUACUGUAGUUAUUUAUAACUAAAAGUUACUUGUAUUUGCAUCGCUUCAGUUUGCAUGAUUUGUCCAGGUAUGUUAAUCAUAUCUAGAGCCAUUUAAUGGAUAGCAUGUCACUGUAACUAGUAUGAAAAUCUUCAGAGGCCAGUGAGUGGAGAGCAGUUCCUUUUUCUAACCCUUUAACACCUUAGAGUGAUAAGCAUCUAAUUUCUCCCAAAAGUAUCACCCCUGAAUUAAAAAUAAAGGUCAUGAUUGAUGGGUAGACAAAUUCUCCUUGUAAGUAACAUAGGAAAUAAAUACAAAACAGUAUGGAGAACUUGUAUACUGAUGUAAGGAGUCGAGGGUUAAAGAUUUACAUGUACAUUUACAAACGUUAUGCUGAUCAACAGAGUUUGAAUUCAUGUUUUAAUUUUUUCUGGCUUCAUGUAUCUGUUGUUAGCAACUACACAGAUGCCAUACUAAAACCCAAUAAAUCAACUUCUGUGUUAAUGUA